CCGUCGUUCUGUGUCCGUCGUCCUUCACAUUGCGGCUGUUCGGCACCGGUGACGGCAGUUUUGUGCGGACUGCGGACCGGCUUCCGGGGAUGCACGGGACGUCUUUCUAAGGGUUUAAUAAUACAUUUAUUUAAUAACAUUGGGUUUUUCAAGCAGUUAAAAUGGAGAGCUUUGAUCCAGCACCAAUGGAAGGAGAGUUGUUGCUGCAGGAGAGGUAUGGAACCAGGCAGAGGUUCUACGUUCAGCCACCAGGGCAAAAUAGGAUUCUUGUCUGUGAAACGCAGAAAGCGAAUUGGAUACUAGCUUGGCUGAAGGAAAUAUUCUUGCCGCAAGGGUUCCCAGACAGCAUAAGCAUGGACUACCUUGAAUACCAGGUUUUCGACACAGCUCAAGCGUUUUGCAGCACCAUCACAGGUAUAUUGGCGACAAAGGAAGUUAUGACAGGGGUGGGGGUGGGGGACAUAGCGGCCACCCCUUUAGCUGCUACCGUCACAUGGGUAUUGAAGGAUGGCUGCGGACACCUGGGUAGAAUCCUCUUUGCUUACACACAUGGAAGCCAGCUAGACGCCUAUUGCAAGACGUGGCGAUUGUAUGCGGACAUAAUGAAUGACGUUGCGAUGGUCAUUGAGCUGACCCUGCCGUUCUAUUUCGAGUAUACCACCGCUGCAUUGUGCUGCAGUACCACCCUAAAGGCGAUCGUGGGUGUAGCAGGCGGCGCCACACGCACGGCGCUGACGCAGCAUCACGCGAAGCGAAGCAACCUCGCUGACGUCACGGCCAAAGACGCGGCCCAAGAGACGGCUGUUAAUCUAUUCGCGUCUGUCAUCGCUAUACUAAUACUUACUUAUUGCGGGACCAGUUUCGGUCUAUAUCUCUUUUUGAUUAUGACGCACUUGGCUUGUAAUUAUUGCGCUGUGAAAGCAAUAUGCUUAGAUACAUUUAACCCGCCUCGAUUCAUGCUUUCUUUAGACCCUGUACUUAAACUUGAACAGUUCGCAGCAGUGCAAUGUGUCAAUUACACUGAGCCGUUGUUCCCCUUUUUUAAACCUAGGAUGGGCGAAAUGUACUGUGGCUUCAAAAUAAAGCUCGGAUCGUCCGCUCAGGGGUCAGUGUUGAACACUACACCAGUGUCAUAUUUCAAGAAGCUUCUAGAAGCUUAUAAGACGAAGCCGUUCGUUCCUUUCUUGAAUCUGCCGGACCGUGUCAUGAAUGUAUUGCUAAAGGACAACGCUAGGCCUGUGGAUGUGUUGGAGGGCUAUUACCAUGGCAUUCUGUUCAUUUUGGCUACGCUUACUAUUAACGAUAUUAGCAUUCCGUUCCCGGAGUUCGCGGCGGUGUUCAACGAGAGCGAAUGGGCGUCAGUACGUGCGCGUCACGGCGGUUCGUUCGAGCGCGAGUUGUCGUACCAAGCGAUUGAUUUCCUGCAGCAAUUGCUUAGCUUGGAGUGGGUGCGGGUGCAAGAUGGCCUGGAGGUCAUGGGAUGGAACGUACACCGCCACCAGAUGCUAGUAGAGGAAUGGCGUCACCACGCCGAGGAGCUGUUCGACGAUUUCGCCCAAGAGGUGGUCGAACUUGAGCCCCCACUAACCCCCCCACCACCUCUAGCAACCCUGGACAACCCCAUAGCCGCUAGAGCCUUUGUCAAUGGUCGCUGGAACACGGCCAGAGCUCCCACUCGUAACAGCGAUUACAUCAGGGACUGGGUCAAAGAAGAUAUGAAUGAUGAGUACCGAGUGGUUACCGACGAUGACUAUGGGGUGCCUGGGCCCUCUGGAUUACACCGCUACGUUUACACCCCGCCCUCUGAUGAUGAUGACAGCUAUUCCGAUUAAACAUUACGCUCAAUGGAAAUAAAUUUAUUGUAGUCGUUUUAGUUGUUAGUUGCGUUUUGGGAAUUGCUCAUUUGGUUCGUUUGAGUUUACUUUUUGUUCUACCUUCGGGUGUAACCAAAAGAGAGAACAGAAAGCAGCUAAGUGUCUGGGUACGGUCGUAUAUAAGAUUUUUUGUUGAUAACUAAGAUAUUGGUUUUUGAUGAUUUUAUUUGUCGAUCUAAACGUUCAUUAAUAUAUUUUAAUUGAAUUGUUAUGCCGACCGUACUAAAAGUUUGCCGAGCGCAGGAUCUUGACAGUAUUUUUAUGUAUAAUUAAAUUUUGUUUCAACGAUCCCAGUUACCAUUAAUAGCAUUCCGUCUCGCAUGAUAAUUUAAUGAGUAAAGUUAUGAAAAUAAUUUGAAUGUUAAAAAAUAUUUCAGAGUUGAAUUCGUUAUAUUUGCGUUUACUAUUUAAUUAUUUAUUCUGUUAGUUCGUAGUUCUACGGGAUUUUUUUUAAUACAAAAAAAUAUUACCCGUUAUACAUAAUAUUAUUUCUAAAGUAUUUACGUUAAGUUUUUAAUAUUAUUUUAAUUAAUCUUUGUUAUAAGGCAUGAUUUAUUUUUAAUACAUUUAUUAUCUGUAUAUUAGGGGGUGAGGUAAGGCGCAACAGCGCGGUAAAAUGAAAUAGUCUGGUUUGAAUCGAAGUGUGAAACGCUACUUUCAACUUGUAUUAUUUGAUAUAUUUUUUAGAACAGGUGCAUUUAUUAUUGUAUAUUUUUAUGAGAACUAUUUAUAAUAAUACUUUUAUUUAUAUCGUUUAAAAUCCUACGCAUAGCGCUUCAAAAUGAAUUCCAUUUUGUCGUCUAUUUUUCUAUUUUUAUAACCCUAAAAUUUAUAUUUUACGAGGGAAAUGGAAUCUUCAAAAACGAAUUAAGAGGCGGACUCAAGAAUAUGGACUUUUUACUGUUAGUUUUAGAAUUUAAGCUCUCUCCCCCUGGUUUUGGUUGGAAUGUAAACUUUCUGAUAGUUUUUUUUUAAUAUAAUUUAAUUUCGAUUACAUUAAAUACUCCUUCACAUUGUCUUACUGACUAAUACUUUUCUCAUAAUUUUCUCCUAACCUUUACUUUCACCAGUAUUUUGCUCUUAGUUCGAUGUUUCGGAUUUGUACAUCACGCCCACUAAAAAAUGUCGCCUGCUUCGUCAUUGUUAUUAAAAUUUCACUAACACCUUCCAAAGCACAUUAUUAUAUUUGUUCUCGUUGCGUUUACUCGCUCCUGGUAACUUCAUCUCUUUCAUAUAUGUAGUUACCUAACCAGCCCGUCUUUCACUUUCUUUUUCGUUCAAAAAUAAUCAAUUAUUUAUUUUCUCCAAUCUUCCUUCUAACUAUGUGUUAAUCUAAAACAACUUAAACAUUUAUUUUUCAUCAGCUUUCCGCCCGCGGCGUUGGCCGCGGGCUUUCUAUAAUUUAACAUCUUAUACACCUAAAAACUUUCGUCGCUGUCCAUUUCAGAAAAUGUAAUGAAAAACGGUGGACUAGUUUUUGGUUCUAUCGCGAUCAGACAGACAAACUCGGCGAAGGAAUUAGUUAUAAUGUGUAGUGUUUUAUAAUCUUGAUGUGAAUUAAAUGUUGUAGAUUUAGAAACGAUUGCUCAAGUCCAGUCUGUUUACAUUCUAAACACAUUCCACGGGCUUUAGAAUAAAGUCAUUUCUAUGUGUGAUAAUCCCCACGAACGUACUUCACAGGAACGUCGUAUAAUAUUUAAUCGAACUACGUUGCUAUUGCUUAUGGACGGCGGUUGGUGAACACCUAACAUCGAGGGAUUUGAGACAAAUGGCAUGGACGAUAGUUCGCUUAAAAUUCGCCAAUUGUAGAGCUUUCAAUGACCGACGGAUGGUUGGAUGACCAAUCAAAAUUAAGCGAAACCAUCGUUCGUGCCAUCUGACUGAAUGACAUUCUUAACCAGCUGCACCAACAAAAUCCUUGAAUAUCUUGCAAGUUUUCUUUUGCGAGACCAUUUGGUCACUUAAAAAUUAUAUGACGUUACUGAGAAGACCUUGCUAUUACCAUAUACUAUAUUGACGUCGAUAAAAUGCCUAGAUGCACUGAUAGUUUCAAUGCACGCACAAAUUCUGCCAAAGAGAACGUUUCAGGUUUCAGGAACGUAUAAACAACCAGUAAACUAAUCUCCUUACGAAAAGCUAUUUAAAAGGCACCUGCAUUUUAAAUAAACUUGGUAACAUUAGACCUUGCAUCAGUGGUUUUAUAUCGAUGUCCUUGGAUGUUAGGGUAAGCUCAAUGUUAGAUGUUGUGGGCUUCAGCGCAAAGCGCAAUGUGCGAGCUUAAUGGAAAAAAAAAUUCGAUGUAUUUCUGGGGGUGCGGACAUAUUGUGAGCGUUGCUAGCGCCAGUUAAAUAAGCGAGCAGUGUUCAUACUGUUCUACAACUUUUGAUGUAUGAAUUAAGAACAACUGUGCAAACAACGAUUUUUCGAAUAUCCAAUGUGAUUCUAUAACAACUUUGAACAACAGAUUAGUUUCCAAAAUCUGAUCUAAAGCUAUUUCAAUUUAUGUCACAUUGAAAUACAAAUAGUUAGAUGGCUGAUAGUUGAUAGCUUGCAAUGGAACGCGCCCCUAACUAUAUAGUACUAAGUGUUUUUUUUUAUCUGUCAAAACGUCCGGGAAUUAGCUUAAGAUUUAUGUUGCCAAUAGCAAUCGCAUCACUACAGCGUCAAUGUUUUUCAAGUUAGAAGGGUACCCUAUUUGCACAAGGAGAGGUUUGUUCGGUGAUAAAUCCUUUAAAACGGUGUAUUCUAGACGUCAUUUUUGAUGGAAGAAUAUUCACUACUAUGAUUGAGGAUGUCAGUCUGCUUUGUUAUCACCAGAUGGCGAAUGGUUAUGACGUUGGAUGUAUUACGUUGAAGCCUCUAGAAAUUGGGAAAGGAAAACUUCCUCCCUUACUUCUAUAGAAGGAACAACUCCCAACAGUCAUUGCCCCAUUAACGCCGUCUGCGUUGUACUUUGCGUGAAUCCUCUCUCCUUCAGAUCAUCUGAGCAGAAAACGGUCCUAAUAGACCUUCUGCCACGAGCCGUAUUUGAAUGUUUGUCACUUAACCUCUCGUUUAUUGCCAGGUGGAAGUUCCAUGUAUCUUAGUUAAGUUUUUGACCCUUCUACUACUUUGAGAACAUUGGCUGACGAUUCUCGUAGUAUUCAAAUAUUCAGAAAGAUUGUUGUGAUUCAACGUUGAAUUUUCGAGCCACGCAUGUGAUACCAAGCUUUUGUGAGCAAACGUUCGCAAACUCGUGAAGUUUUAACACCACUUUUAUUGUAACUGUGAUAUUUUUCCAAAGAUAAAAACGUUAUGCAAUAGUGAUUUAAACACUAAUCGUUUAUGGUACAUUAUCUCUCAUAUUUUAUCUAGAAUCAUUAAAAAUAGUUUUUUAUUAUAAACAUUCUACCUUCUCCUUUUUUAUUUAUUUUCAUAAAUGAAUAUUUUAAUAACUCUCUGGUGUUAGAACUUCACUGACGCUAGCUAGUCACGUCCAUAUAGUGACAUUUAUAUUUAAUCAUCUGUAUUUAAUAAGUGUUUAGUGUAAGCCUAAUUAUGCGGUCUGAGAGGUGCAUGAAAUCAUAAUCACCGUUAAUAUCAAAAUGUUUGGCAAAAAAUCAUGAAAACAAGUCUGUUUAAAACGUCAAAAUUUCCUAAAUAGGUAGUACUACUUUGAAAAGAUUGAAUUAAGCAGCAUUUUGAAGGAGUUUACUGAAUUAAGUCACAUGUUUGCAACGAUAAAAGUCACCAUAUAAAAUUGAUUAUAAUAAUAAAACCAGAAUUUCAAGUAAUGUAUACGAUAACCCCUUUCAGGCUUUGAUAUUUUCUAUAUUGUGUAAUCAUUCAUGUACCGUUCUACAGGUAACAUUGAUGUAUUAAAAUAUGUAUGUAA